AUGCCAACCCCUGUCCUCCGCCUCGGGAUCCUAGGUGCCACAAACGCUGUCCAAGCCACCUACCUCCCGGUCCUCCGUUCUCUCAAUACACACUACACUCUCACAGCUAUCUACGACCCCAACCCCGAAAUCGCAAAACAAUGCCAAGCCCGCUUCGACAUUACACACAGUGCAACAGUCGUGGAAGAUGUUCUACUCCAUAAAGAAGUGGACGUUAUCCUCAAUCUACUCCCAAUAGAGUACCACGAGCAAUACACCGUGACAGCCCUCGAAGCCGGCAAGGAUGUAAUGGUCGAAGUCCCCCUCACAAUGAGCAUCUCAAGCCUGCGCCGCAUCCGCGGAGCAAUCAAAAAAGGCAAAGCCUCCCGAUCCCUCGAUGGCAUCAACGGAACAGACGGACCAAAGGUAUGCGUCGGAUGUGCUCGCCGCUACGCGCCCUGCUUCACGGAAGUUUUCAAGAAAGAACUUGCUGCCCUGGGCCGCGUGUACUACGCGCGCUGUCGAAAUAUCGCCGGCCCAAUGAAUAUAGACAACAGCGUCGCGUCCGCAUCGAAAGACAUCAUACCGACAAUGAAGAGCAACAAUAACCCAGAGCAAUUCCGCGCGCUACUGGAAGACGUCUUCGGCUUGGAGGAAGACCUCACCCCGGACAGAGUCGCGUUCUGUCGCUACCUCGGUAUGAUGGGGUGCCAUGAUCUAUCGGUGAUGCGCGAGUCGUUGGGAUUCCCGGAUGCUGUUUCCAACGUCGCUAUCACGGACCCGUUUUACUCUGCUAUUUUCCACUAUACAAAUUCCGCUGAGAAUGACGGCCACCCGUUCACGCUCCUCUAUGAGGCUGGUGUUGAUGCUGUGCCUCGCUGCGACGCCCAUUUGACUGUCUAUGGCGCACACAAGACUCUCAGCGUGGAGUAUGACUUCCCACGUCCGGGCGAGAAGAUCAGCACUGGUACCUAUGUGCGGGUUGUCGUUGAGGAAGCGGAUGAGACGAUGGAGAUGGAUCAGGUUAAUGGAAAUCAGAUCAACGAGACUAAGAAUGCUGCUGUUCCUGGUCCUCGUGUGAAGCGGACGGAGACCGUUAGUACCUGUAACGAGGCGUAUGAGCGUGAAUUCUUGGCUCUGCAUUCUUAUCUGGUUGGUGGUGCUUUGGCGGCGAAAACGACUGCCGACGACGCUUUCAUGGAUCUGCGGCUGCUGCUUAUGAUCUUUGACCACUAUAACCGCCAGUGUGGUACCAUUCGGACUCCGCUGGGUUGA